CUUUCCAGUGUUUCCACUGGCAUCCUUUCCGCGACCGAUGCCGCGACAGGUUCCACGCCAUGGCAACGAAAGGCGAAGAUGAUCGCCCGGCCGAAGAGGCCGAGGCCGAGGCCGAUGCCCUGGCUCCCUUGGCGUCCCCCAAGGGGAUGGAGCGAGUUCGCAUGGAGCAAAUCAGCGCUGGGCCUGUUGACUUCGUAGCAAGGUGCGUUCAGGGCCUCUUCGCUGGGCGCUUCAUCUACAUCAACCGGACGGCCCAGGGAGAGCUCUUCGGCAGCGACCGGAACAGCAACGCAGUGACGAUGUACAUCGAGAACGCCGGGCUGUCUCCCUCCCAUGCUGAAAUCAAGUUCACUGCUGCGACUUGUCAGUACUUUCUCAGGGAUGCCGGAAGUACUGACGGCACCUGGGUCCGGAUAAGAUGGAAUCGGUCCGUGGAGAUUGCUCCAGGGCAAGAAAUCAGGAUCGGUGAUUCUCUGAUAGAAGUUCGGCAAGGGCCGGAGAUCUCUGAUGCUGAUGAGGUGGAACAAUGGCUUUCUACAUAUCAGCUGGAGCGCUUUCAAGACUUGCUUAAGGAGAAAGGCUUUCGCAGCUUAUCCUCGGUUCGUGAGAGACUGCUGCAGGAGCUGAAUGCGAUGCUCAGUGCAGAGCUUUGCAACGAAGACUACCAGUCGUUGGAGAUGGCGGCCAAAGAGUUAGACAGGAUGUGGCCCGCUGAUGCGUAUCCUAGAUACAAAUUGGAGUUUGCGGUUCGUCCUGCCACUGGCUCCACUCCAACCUCUGGGGUGACCACAACACCUACAGAAGGUGUCCCCACUGCAGGGGACGCCGACUUGAACCGUUCCUUAGAGAGCAUCGCCACUGUUGGCUGGGCUGGAGGCACUAUUUCCCUGGUGCCUCAGGGCUCUGCAGCUGAAGAGAAGGAGGUGGAUGAUGUUCUGGCAGGAGUGCACUCAAUCAAUUCCAAGGACUCGCCAGUUGGACAGGCGCCAGUGACUGGCUGGUUGCGGCCAGAGCAGUUGCGGAUCGGCUACUCAUUUGGAAGGUACUACGUGCAUUUCAGUGAGCGAUCGGCGGAGUCGGAACAGAAAGGCUGGGUACGACUUCGAGAGGAUCAAAGCCAUUGGCUGAUGCCGCAGGAUCUCUUCUCCAUUGGAACCCUGGAGUUUCAGGUCUUGCGCUUCAAUGCAGCGUCAUACUCGGAACAAGGCUUUCGAGCAACCAUGGAGGAUGAGGACAUUCUUGUGCAGGACUUGGCGACCUCUAAUUGGAGGCAAUGCUCCUACUUUGGUAUUUACGAUGGCCAUGGUGGAAGGGACUGCGUAAACUUUGUGCGGCGGCGGUUGCACAUCAACAUCGUUGCGGCGUUACACGCCAGGGGUGGCUUGGAUAAAUCCGCCCAGGUUCACCAAGACAUGCACGAGAGCCUGAUGCAGGGCUUCCUGAAGACGGACCAGCAAUUCCUGAGCCUGGCUCAGGGCAUUGUGAGCAGCAACUCUGGUAGCACUGCUGUGGUCGCUUGCAUCGUCGGUGGCUGGGUUUGGUGUGCCAAUGUGGGCGACAGCCGAGCACUGCUCUGCAGAAAUGGCAAGGCAUUGCAACUGUCAUUAGACCACAAGCCCAGCAGGGCUGAUGAGUCUCAGCGCAUUGAGGAGGCAGGUGGCUUCGUAUCCUUUCACCGCGUGCUUGGGCGCCUGGCCGUGUCAAGAGCCUUUGGGGAUGAAGAGUACAAGGUUGGUGCGACCAAACCCAUUGUGCAGCCACUGGUCAUCGCCGAACCCGAGAUACGAGUGGAGCAACUUACACCAGAGGAUGACUUCCUCUUCAUGGCCUGCGAUGGUCUUUUCGCUGUCUUCAGCUGUCAGGAGGCGGUGGAUUUCCUUCACAGCCGUCUGGCGGCGAUGCCACCCAACGAGCAGGAUCCACAUAGAGCAGUUCAGGACAUUGUGCAUGAAGCGAUUCAUGAAAGAAGGUCCCGGGACAAUGUCACGGCGCUGUUGGUCACCUUUCGCCGAGCUGUUCUGAAGCGGCCUUGAGACGAUCCAGCGGGGCGUGGCGUUGGCGCGUGGCGUUGUGAAACCUCCAAGGGACUCAC